UUCGAACUCUUCGGAGAUCCUGAGCGGCAGCAGCAGCGUUUCUUUCGACGGACCGUCUACAAUUUUUCAACACCAGUUUACUGUUUUAUAUUUACUGUUUUAUUAUCUGUAUUAUCUUUUAAUUACUUUAUAUAAUUGUAUAUAAUUGUAUUAUCUGUACUUUUUUGUCAUUAAUUAAUUGUAUUUUGGUUUUUUGUUUUUCAGGUUUCUGUAGCCGCUGAGGGAGCUCACCCCCAUACCGGUCAGGUAUGGAUCCCCGGUGGAGGAGCAGACCUCUUCCAAUAGUGGCGCAGUCAGGAAACUUUAGCUUCAGGACUCGUCCUGUGUCUCUGUGGCAGGGUGAAGAGCCAGCCGCCUGUGAGGAGCCCCAGAUGAAGCAGAGGGCCCACAUUAAGAAGUGCACAGAAGGUCAGCUGGAGGGACUCCUUCCCACCUCCCACCCAGAGUCUCCAUUGCCUUCAACCACACCUGAAAGGAAUGGCAGUGAGGCUCUGGUGGUGGUUGCGGAGGCAGAACCCUUGAACAGGCUGAACACCGAUGGUCCAGUUGCACAGUGUGAGGAAGCCCCGAUCGAGUCCCUCACCACCACCCACUGCCCGGAGACAUUCAGCCAGUCAGGUGUCGAUGUCCUGGUGCUGGUUGCAGAGGCGGAUCCCUCUCACAGGCUGGACACCAACAGCACCGAGCCGGAGUCUGAGCCAGUGCCAGUUGCACAGGCUGAGGGGGAUCUGGAGGGCAGCGUGGAGGUCAUGGUGGAGAGCAUAGAGACAGCUCCAAAAACACAGAGACGAUGGCUACAGCGCUGCCUGAGAGUCUGGAGGAGCACAGCCUCUACUUUACUCUCCUGCUUUCCUCGUAGGGGAAAUAGAUAAAACAAAAAUGGAGAGGAUAAAUAGAAUGAGGGUGGAUAGAUACUUAGAAAAGGGGAUGAUAUAUAGGUAGAUAGAUAGAAAAGGGGAUGAUAUAUAGGUAGAUAGAUAGAAAAGGGGAUGAUAUAUAGGUAAAUAACAUAAAAAUAAUUAUUAUGAUUAUUAUAAUAAUAAUUAUACUAUUUAUCAAUAAUUAUAUAAAAAUAAUCUUUGUCUGUCUUCUCCUUUUCUAUCUAUCUCUAUCUAUCUAUCUAUCUAUCUUCUCCUUUUUCUAUCUAUUUUCUCAUUUUCUAUCUAUCUCUCUGUCUGUCUGUCUAUCUAUCUUCUCAUUUUUCUACCUAUCCAUCUAUCUGUCUAUAUUCAAUUCAAUUUAAUAUAGCUUUAUUAGCAUGACUGUAAAUUACAGUGUUGCCUAAGCAUUAUAACAAUUAACAACAACAAUGAUAUAUGAACGUACAUAACAGACAGACAUAACAUUUAUAACAAAAAUAAUUAUUAUGAUUAUUAUAAUAAUAAUUAUACUAUUUAUCAAUAAUUAUAAUUAUAUAAUAAUAAUCUAUCUAUCUCUGUCUUUCUCUCUGUCUUCUCCUUUUUCUAUCUAUCUAUCUUCUCCUUUUUUCAAUGAUAUAUGAACAUACAUAAUAACAUUUAUAGCAAAAAUAAUUAUUAUGAUUAUUAUAAUAAUAAUUAUACUAUUUAUCAAUAAUUAUAAUUAUAUAAUAAUAAUCUAUCUAUAUGUCUGUCUUUCUCUCUGUCUUCUCCUUUUUCUAUCUAUCUAUCUUCUCCUUUUUUCAAUGAUAUAUGAACAUACAUAAUAACAUUUAUAGCAAAAAUAAUUAUUAUGAUUAUUAUAAUAAUAAUUAUACUAUUUAUCAAUAAUUAUAAUUAUAUAAUAAUAAUCUAUCUAUAUGUCUGUCUUUCUCUCUGUCUUCUCCUUUUUCUAU